CACACCCCUGCUGGCGUCUGUAGCGUUGCAAACUCAAAGCCACACUCGACCGACCAUCCUGAGGGUUUACGCCAACGUCGUGGCGACGUAGCGCAGUCGACAGCAUGCCGAACGUCGAGGACGCGGACGUUCCGCUCCUCCAGAGCAACUCGCGCCGCCAGCGCGCACCACUCGCCAAGAGCGACCUGCCAAUCAUGACCGACAUGGACGAAUACAUUUGCUAUGGCGACCGCGUCGCCUUCCUGUGCGAGGGGCAGCUCCUCGCGCUCACCCACAAAUUCAACUUAACAUACCAGCAGAUGGCGCUUUUGGCCGCCUCCACACUCGCCACAGGCGGACUCAUGGGCAUCGCCGGCUUCUUUGUGUGGCGUAAGGGACUUUUCCGUAAACGUUACGCAGCGCUCUUCGGUGCCGAGAUCUACAACGAGGACGAUCUCAUCGGCUCCGAGGACCCAUCGGUUGUGACGCUAGACAACGUCCCUCUAUUAGGCGGAGAUAGAGACAUUCGCAGCAAAACCCAGUCAACUUUAACCUCCAGUCGCAUCACCGCAACUAGCGGCGUGGCAGGAGAGCCCGACGAUCCUGUCGGAGGAUCCAAAGCUGCCCACGGGUCGGUGGCCUUUCGACUGUUCGAGUUCGACCCAAAGAAGCAACAACUCGUCUUCUCAAGUGUGACGGGGUCACACAGCACCCUGCGCUAG